GAGCGAGCGAGUUUGUUUUCUUUUUCUCCAAAACAAAUAAAAUUAAUAAUCUUACUUAAAUUUGUAUUACCGCAGCUGUAAAGGUUCUUGAAAAGUUUUUAGGUCAGCACUGCUCAAAACUUUCCAAUGUCUAUCCCUGGAAAAUAUCAGCAUUACAAAAAUGAAAAUAUUGAUGAAUAUUUUAUUGCAGUUGGUGUCCCAUUCAUGGGUCGGAAAAUGAUGGCAAUGUCAUCACCACUAAUGGAAAUAACCCUAGAUGGUGAAACAAUGACCAUCAAAACCUCUUCGCUCAUAAGAACUGUACAGUAUUCGUUCAAGCUUGGCGAAGAGUAUGAAGAAACUAUGCCUAAUAGUGUCAUCAAGAGUGUUACAACUUUAGUGAACGACCAUGAAGUAAAGACAGACUCAGUGAUUCCAGAAAGCGGCGACAAAUGUGGUCGUCAUUAUUUAUUCACUGAAGAUGAAUGUGUUGUAACUCUUACACAUGAAAAAGCUAAUGUUCCAGGCAAGAGGUAUUUCCGCAGGGUGAAAUAAACAGUGAAACAUCAGUUUUUCCAUUAGAUUAAGAUGUAAUAAUUAAAAUAUUCCAGUUUAUUUAAGUAAAUCUGAUAAAAUGUAAUUUGCUACUAGGUGACGCCAGUACUGUAACUGGUUUUAUAAUACUAUGCCUUGGUGUGGA